GGUAUGGAUGUGGAUGCUCUUAGUUCUUCUCUCACGAUCGCUACGCAGUCACCCCGAAGUCACAAACACCUUCAACUCUGUCCUCCGUCAUUACAUCACCAAACCCCCCUCUCAUUCCUUCCAAUUUCACUCUCAAUUAACAAUUAGGGCUUCAUCUUUUUUCUCUUCUACUUUCUUCACACUUAGGGAACCAAGCUAUGAUGGUCUCCAAGGUGCUUUUACAGAGAAGGCUCUUCAGGUUCUUGCAACAGUCAACACCCUCCUUAUGCUCCUUUUCUUCUUCAUCUUCUAUUGAUGGGUCUCCAUUCCAUUCUGUGAAAGCAACAGAAAUCUCGGGUCUUUCAAGUUCUUUUAGAAGCUUCUGCUCUCAAAAGUCCAAUCUUGUUGCUGAAUCUCAUGGCCCAGCACCUAUUGAUUACAGUUCCCUACUACAGGAGGCUGAGUUCCACAGACUGGCUGAGUCCACAAUACAAGGCCUUCAAGAGAAAUUUGAGGACUAUGGAGACUCUAUUGACCUUGAUGGAUUUGACAUAGACUAUGGGAAUGAUGUUUUGACUGUCAAACUUGGUGAGCUGGGCACCUAUGUGUUGAAUAAACAAACACCAAAUAGACAACUUUGGCUGUCUUCGCCAGUGAGUGGUCCGUCUAGGUUUGAUUGGGAUCAGGAUACUAAAGCUUGGGUUUAUAGGCGAAACAAAGCAAAGUUAUAUAAAAUUUUAGAAGAUGAGUUGGAGCAGCUCUGUGGCAAACCUAUUGUUCUUUCCUAAGCUGUUGAAAUUGUGGUAUCUAAUCUUGAUUUGAUAUUUAAAAAGGAAAUAAUUGGACAUGUUGAGAUAAUCAUUUGGCGUCAAAUGUAAUUUUAAGCAGUUUUUGUUCCUUUGCCACCAUUUACUCUAUAAAUUAAACCAGUUCUUUUACAGUCAUUAAGUGAUUGUAUCUUCUAAAUAAUCAGCUCUAUAUAGAAUUCAUGUAGAAACAUAUUGCCAUUAGUUUAUUGUUCUAAAGUAUUACAUUUGCAA